CUUUGAGAGACGCAGGUUAAGCACGCCAUGGCAAGAGUAAAGAACAUGUUUUUCAACCUGUUCGCUUUGCUAGGUCUUGUUAAUGCUCGCCAAGCUUUUCCAGGGAUAAUUUUGGAUCGCGCCUCGGAGAUUCUACAGAGUUAUGACUAUGUCGUUGUUGGAGGAGGGCUAAGUGGGCUUGUUGUAGCAAAUCGACUUUCUGAGGAUUCUGGAACAACGGUUCUCAUUAUCGAAGCUGGAGGAUUUACCGAGAAUGAAGACUGGGUCACAAUCCCCCUUAUUACAAGUAGUAAUGAUCCUGCUGUGGGCCAUGGACCAAUAGGAUCGAAGUACGACUGGAACAUGACUAGUAUUCCUCAACCAGAGCUAGGCAAUCGCUCAGUCAACACCCCAGCAGGCAAGGUGAUUGGUGGAGGAACUGUUUUGAAUGGUAUGGUCUUCAAUCGUGGAUCUCGAGCUGACUAUGACCGUUGGGAGGCACUUGGGAAUCCCGGAUGGAAUUUCGAGAACUUAUUACCGUACUUUAAGAAAUCCGAGAUAUUCACUCCUCCAGAUUUAAAGCUGGAAGCAGAAGGCUGGGACAUUCAGUACAACCCAGCUUACCAUGGGGAGCAUGGACAUGUGCAUUCAAGUUUUGCGCCUUUCGUUUGGCCUUCAACGAGAAACUACAUAAAUGCAAUGAAAGAACUGGAAGUACCGAUCAUCAACGAUGCGAUGGGAGGGGAUGCAACGGGCGCAUAUUGGUUCACUCAAUCGGUGAAUCCAGAGAAUGAAACUCGGUCGACUUCUCAGGGAUUCUAUGACCCCAGCAGACCCAAUCUGCAUCUCUUGAUCGGCAAUAGGGUCACAAAGGCCAUAAUAGAGUCGGGAAAGGUCGAGUGCAUAGAAUUUUCAGCUGGCGAAAACGCUACAACGAGCUCUGUCAAAGUCUUGAAGGAAGCAAUUUUAUCAGCUGGAGCUUUGCACACGCCCCAAAUACUUCUACUUUCUGGCAUCGGCGAAACAGCACAUCUUUCGAGCCUAGGUAUCGAAACCGUGGUUGAUCUUCCAGGCGUUGGAGCAAACUAUCAUGACCAUUUGUUAUUGUUCAUUGGCCAGACAGUGAAUGUUUCACCCAAUGUCGCAAAUUUCAGCAAUCAAACCUGGACUUCGGAGCAGUUUUCAUUGUACGAGUCGGAAAGAGAGGGUCCAUUCACGACUCUUGGGGGCAACUUCUUUGCCUUUCUCCCAGCUGGGACAUUUUCAAACGCAACCGCCCUAUCUUCAGCUGCCACAGCUCAACAAGCAUCACACUACUUGUCACCAAACACUCCACCUACGGUCCGAGCUGGUUAUGAAGCUCAAUUCGCCCUACUUACGAGCGAUAUUUCCUCUUCAACGGUAGCAUAUAUGGAAUUCAUCUUCGGUGAUAACACAAUACUUCCAGCUCUCCACCAACCCUUCAGCCGUGGCACUGUCUCAAUAAACAGUACUUCGCCCUUCGACAAUCCAGUCAUUGACCCACGUUAUCUGAGUAAUCCUCUUGACCUGGCCCUCUUUGUCGCAGGUUUCGAAUAUGCGAGGAAAAUCAGAGGGACUGCAGCAAUGCAAGAAAUCAAUGUGACAGAAACGUAUCCAGGAGCAUCAGUAAUGACAAGUGAACAGAUUGAAGAAUUUGUGAGAGGAGGUGUUUCUACAGAACAUCAUCAUUCUGGGACCGCUUCCAUGUUACCGCAAGAGCUCGGCGGAGUAGUAGAUUCAAAACUGAGGUUGUAUGGUGUGGAGGGCUUGAGGAUUGUCGAUGCAAGCAUAGUACCCAUGGUCCCAGCUGCACACUUGCAAGCUACUCUGUAUGGAAUUGCUGAGAAGGCAGCGGAUUUGAUCAAGAGCAGCCACUGAUGAAUAUUAUAAAGUCCAGCAUAAACAGGUAUAAAAAAGAUCCGACCGCAUCUCACUUCAAACAUAGGAAUCACCUCUUCAUAAGGUCAUUUCAGAACAUUUUGUCGAGUGCAAAAGCGCAUACAGUUGCGAUGCAAUUCAUAAGUGUAAGAUGAAGUGAGGGACGUUUAGUGGUGUUAAAAUCUCAGGGGCUCGCUAAUUCUGGGCGAGGACACUGUGCCGGAUUCAAGCAU